UUUUCCUUAAAUUUAUGUCAAUUAUUUAAUAUUUAUUACUUUGCAGGCUAAUCCUUGUGAUAUAUGUGGUGAUAAAGGUGUGAUUGAAGCUAUAAUAACAUGUUGUGAAUGCAAAACUUCUCGUCAGCAUCUGUAUUGCAUGAAGGUAGUUACUACAGAGGCACCACAGUUUUGGCUUUGUGAAGAAUGUGAGAGAAAAAAGUUGUUUUCACCAACAAAAACAACCGAUAAAGAGCAGAUACCUGAAGUUUUAAUACAGAAAAACACAAGGGUACUAAAAAGUCCAAACAAAAGUUCUUUUGCUAGUCGAUUUAACUUCAAGGAGAAAAGGGUGAAUACAGGAAGAACAAAAUAUAUCAGUUGUGAUGAAGCAGUUAAACUUUCUUCAGGUGUUAACAGGUCUGAACAACAACCACUUUCUUCAAGAAAUGCUUUCAGUUGUAAACAUGGAUCAUCAAGAUCCAUGCCACCACCACGUGAAAAGAGUCUUGUUAAAAUCUAUGGAGCCACCAACAACUCCAAGUUUGAACCACAAUUACAGCAACCUGUUGCUCAAAAAUCAACUGCUGUGAAAGAUUCUAUCAAGUCCACUAAGUGUUCUUCUGUAAGAGUUGAAAGAACAAACACAAAAAGCUUUUCACCAAGGAGUGAAGUCUUGCCUCCCACAAAAGAAGAAGCUGAUAUCAGAAAGCAGAUUGAGGUGCCUAAAUCUUCCAACAAAAUCGAAAAAAACAUCACACAAGAAACUAUAAAGAUGGCAAAGAGUGAGGUUCUCUCUCCCACAAAAGAAGAAGAAGCUGAAAUCGAGGUGCCUAAAUCUUCCAAAAAAGUCGAAAAAACCAUCACACAGGAAAUUACAAAGAUGGCAAAGAGUGAGGUUCUCUCUCCCACACAAGAAGAAGAAGCUGAAAUCAAGGUGCCUAAAUCUUCCAAAAAAGUCGAUGAAACCAACAUGAAAAGAGGUAGAAAAGAUUGGUAUAUGUUGUUUGUUAAUGUCAUCGUGUCAUGUCAUCCUUGUUGAAAAUGCCAUUAAUUUUGUAAAUGUUAUUUGAAGGUGGCAAUAAGAAUGAUGCUGAUGUGGACGCCAGGAAUAAUUCUAGAGGACUAUAUCUAACAAUGGGUGGGCCAGGGGCAGGGGGAGGGCCUGUUUCUGAGGAGAUGCAUGAUACUUCCAUUCCUGCUUUACAUUCUUACUGGAAGGGAAGUUUUAAUCUACCAAAUGGGCAUGAAAUAUAUAAUGGGGCAUUCAGGGCUCAUCCACCAUCGAAUGUGCAUAGUAAGGUGUAUGAGGCCCUCCACAAAAUGCCUGAAAAUAUUUGUUUUGAGUUGCUUCCAAUUCCUGACUUAUUUCAAGGCGACUCCCCCUAUAAGGAUGACAUUGGCUUGUACUUCUUUCCAAGAUACAAAAAAAGAUAUGAAAAGUGUACUUUAACGGACUUUCUUUGGAAUAAUAAUUUGGUUAUGAAAAGCUAUGUGGAUGAAGUGGAGUUGUUUGUACUCUCAUCUAAAUUCCUACAACUAAAUUCUCAAGAAUUUGAAGGGAAUUACUUUCUUUGGGGAGUGUUUCGGGCAAACAUGGUGAAGAAGGACACGUCAUCAAAGUCAAUUUUUGUGCAUGAGAAUGCCAAUACAGAGUCAAAGUUUUACGACUUUCCUCCAGGUUUUGAGAAAAUGCACAACCCUACUCCUCAAGGUUGAUUCUUUUGCAAUAUAUGACACGUGGCACCACAUACUUAGAGCUUAUUAUAUACUAGCUGAAGAAAAAAAGAUUAUUGAUGGUUUCGGGUUUCAAAUAGGAAAAGAAAGAAGCACGUGUUAAAUAGUUACUUGGCAGAAGUAUGAAUUUGUGGAUAUUGAUGGCAUUUACUACUUACUAAUUACCAAUUAGUGUAUGGGGAAAUUCAGCUAAA